CAGUAAAUUCCCAGCUGGUCGAUGCAGCAAGGAGGUGCAGGAGGCGGGGUGACGCCGCAAAUGCCAGCCCUGGAAAACUACGUGCUGCCUGGAUCCCGGCCAGGUCAGCGAACAGAGGCCGCCGGAGGAGGGAGGCAAGAGGCUGCGGAUUGUGCUCAGACAUUGUCCGCCCUUGGCAGGUUGGAGUCGAUCGGGAGCGGGACCCGGCUACCCCUGGAGAGAGUGAAAAUGUCUUCCACCAAAGUGGGCUUUCGUCUGGCUGCCUGUUUACUAAACAUUUCAGAAGCCAGAAAAAAAGAUAUUGUUGAGAAAAUAGCUAAAGCUGCUCUUUCUGACGAUAAUGGACAGAAACAUUCUCAAGCCACAGUACUUAAUAUAUUUUCUGAUUAUGAUUACAACAGAUCAGUCAUAACCAUAGCAGCUCCCAUUGAUAUGUUAGGCAACUAUGUCAUUGCUGCCUGCACUGAGGCUUUCCGGUCAAUUGAUAUGGCUAUCCAGGAAGGAAUCCAUCCUUGCCUUGGAGCAGUGGACUUAGUUCCUAUCUAUCCUCUUUUGGAUGUAGGCGUGGAGGAAUGUGGAAAAGUGGCUCAAAGCAUAGCUGAGAUUUUGACCCUUCGUGUCCCAGGAUGCAGUAUGUUUCUUUUUGGGCAAGCUGAUCAACCUGAGAAACGAAGUCUGGUUCAGAGAAGAAAACAGCUGGGUUGGUUUAAAGGGAGAGAUUUCAAGUCAAUGGAAGUUAAACCUGAUAUAGGAGCUGUGCCUUCCCAAAGAUACGGUCUAACAGGUGUUGGAGCCAGCCCCUAUGUGAUGAAUUGCAAUGUGACUAUAGACACUCAAGACAUGGCUACAGGAAAAGAUAUAGCACGUGCUAUCCGAGGCAGCAAUACACGUGGUUUAAAGGGUGUACAGACUAUGGCUUUUCCCCACAAUGGGAAAAUUGAAAUCGCUUGUAAUGUGGAGAGCUUUGAAGAUCAAGACAAUACAAUGACCGCACAUGAAGACUUUGGGUACAUUUCGUAUUGUGUUCUUGGGAAGACUUUUUCUUAUGUAUCCCCUCAAUCUAUAGAGGCUCAAAUUAAAAAAUUGGCCAGCAACUAUGGGAUAAAUACUGCCAGGACAGCCUUAGUUGGAUUUACUCCAGAGGAGUGUAAGCACUGUGCCACAUAUGCAUUAAAGAAAGGCAUUGGAGAAUUCUGGAGGAUGAGGGGAGGCAUGUUCAUGUGAUGCCCAUUUUACCUCAGCAGUUAUAAAUCAUGGUAUGUUGAAAUUAUGGUCCUUACCAAUUAAAGAAACCCACAUUAUAUUGUUUAUGUGGGGAGACACAAAUGCACAUUUGCAAAGUUGGCUUUUCCCCACAAUUCCCCUUACAAGUGUGUAUUGAUUGCCCCUGUGAUCUGAUCAGUGGAUGAUGUUAUAUACUACCAUAGAAAACCAAAGAUGGUUUGUCAUACCUGAUUCUAGGGGUCUGUUGGUUUUAAUGGGCUGUCUAGUGAUCAACUGUCCCACUUCCUUGAGAUCCAGGUGUUUGCAGGCUCUCAUCUAGCAAUAGUUUGACCAUCUCUGGGUGCCAGCUGUUGGACCUCACAUGUCAGUGUUCAAGGUUUCAUCGCACUGACAGGGGAAAAAUUGCUUGUCUGGAGUGUGGGGAAGUGGGGGCCUUGAAUGUGAGGGGACAGUGGAAGGGGUCCUUUCUUUUUUAGUCUGGGAAGAUAGUAGUGAUUAGAGCUGGUCAAAAAAUGGGGAAAUCUUUCACAAAAUAUGUGUUGUUUUUUCACUCAUUUAAAAUUUGAAUGCUUUCUGCCAAUUCCAGUGGAGGGACUAUGGGUAUGUCUACACUAGGAAAUAAAGUCAAAUUUAUAGAAGUCAAUCUUUAGAAAGCGAUUUUAUACAGUCGAUCGUGUGUGUCCCCACUAAGCGCAGUAGGUCGGCGGAGUGCGUCCUCAAUAUUGUGGCUAGCAUCGACUCAGAGUGGUGCACUGUGGGUAGCUAUCUCAUAGUCCCCGCUGCCUAUUGGAAUUCUGGGUUAAGCUCCCAAUGCCUGAUGGGGCAAAAACAUUGUCACGGGUGAUUUUGGGUACAUGUCAUUACACCAACAUCAACGUGGGGUGGCCGGGAAAGGUGCAUGAUGCUCGCAUCUUUAGGAACUCUGGGCUGCUCGAACAGCAGCAAGAAGGGACUUGCUUCCCAGAACAGAAAAUUACUGUUGGGGAUGUUGAAAUGCCAAUAGUUAUCCUUGGGGACCCAGCCUACCGCUCGCUCCCAUAGCUCAUGAAGCCAUACACAGGCAGCCUGGAUAGUAGUACAGAGCAGUUCAACUAUAGGCUGAGCAAGUGCAGAAUGGUGGUAGAAUGUGCCUUUGGAUGUUUAAAAGCUCGCUGGUGCUGUUUGCUGACUAGGUUAGACCUUAGCGCAACCAAUAUUCCCAUUGUUAUUGCUGCUUGCUGUGUGCUCCAUAAUAUCUGUGAGAGUAAGGGGGAGACGUUUAUGGCGGGGUGGGAGGUUGAGGCAAAUCGCCUGGUGGCCAAUUUUGAACAGCCAGACACCAGGGCAAUUAGAAGAGCACAGCUAGGUGCGCUGCACAUCAGAGAGGCUUUGAAAACCAGUUUCAUGACUGGCCAGGCUACGAUGUGACAAUUGUGUGUGUUUCUCCUUGAUGCAAAACCGCCCCUUUUGUUGAAUUUACUUCCCUGUCAGCCAAUCCCCCUCCCCCCUUCGACCACAGCUGGCAAAGGAAAUAAAGUCCCUAUUGUUUUGAA